AUGGGGUGCAACACUUCUAUGAACUCUCGAAGGUCAGCAGACGACAAUGAGGUUAACGACUACAUGACCUCAGAUGAGAUACUCAUUGUGCGGGAAAGUUGGGCCAUCGUUGCACUGGACCUCCCUGCCACAGGGCUCCAUAUAUUCACCAGGUUGUUUGAAAUGGAGAAGGACUUGAAGAAACUGUUUCGUAGGUUGAUGUCACAGACGGAAAGUGGAGAGUUUGUGUUUGAUUCUGUUCGACUUGAACGACAUGCCACACUGGUGAUGAAGAACUUGGGCCAAGCUGUAGAAAACUUGGACGACUCCACCUACUUCUCGGAAAUGCUGACAACUUUGGGAGAGAAACACUCAGCGUACAACGUCAAACCCGAAAUGUUGCCG